AUGGAUGGGACCCUGACAAAUUUCACCUGUCCGCAUCCAUUUCUCGCACGGGAUGCCUUUCCGGAUGUCGGUGGAUUCGUAUGGGGCCGGUCCUGUAGAGACUUUGCUCUCGACACGGGCUCAGUAUCGUGCUGCGUGCCCUGCCCUUGGUCGUCAUGGAGGUACUCCGACGGCUUUGAGGAAUACCUAGAUAUUGCGGGCUGGUGUGGGAUAGCUGUGGUGGUGAUAGUGGUGCUGUUCCUGAUCACAUUUGCUGUCGUGCCGAAAAUCUACACGGCCCGUCAUUAUUUGACAACUGUUCCCGGUGUAGGAUUUGUGUUCUUGUCGGUAGCAUACGUGAUGCCACUGGCCAAGGCGCCUAACCAAUGUUACAAUGAAAUAACGCCCAACGACAAUUCCUCGGACAGCAUGUGCACGGCGACUUCGACGGUGUUAUUCAUUGGAGUAUGGCUUGUCGUCAUAAGCUGCUUCUUUCGGAGCGUGUCUCUCCACCUCAUCGUCGUCUGGGAGCGAAAGCUCGGGAGGAAAUUCAAAUACAUGUCGUUGACUUGCAUAUUUCUGCUUACUAUCCUGCUGGUUGCCUUGCAACAACGUGUCACCGGCACGUCUUACCAACUGGGCAAGGUGUGCUAUCUCAACCCUAUCAACGGCUGGGUCACGUUCUGGAUGCCUUUGCUGGGAAUGGGCGUCGUCAGUUUUAUCCUACAGGUCUGGACUCUUGGAUACUGCCUUCUGAAUGUCUUUCGUGGAAUGUGGGAGGAUCGAGUAAUUGCUGCCUACAACGAGGAAAACAACAAUGAGGACGGUGGCGGCGGCAGCAGCAACAGCAACAGCAACAACGAGAACGGUGAAUGCCAUGAUGAUAACACCAAUGAGUCGCAUCUGUCAUCAGUCAGAUCCUGGCGGGGAGAAGAAGGGCAUGGUGGGCCUCGCCGAAACUCGCUUGCGACUCAGAAACUGUUGACCAGCAUGCAGUGGCGGCCCAUGUUCGCUGCUUUUGGUGUUUUGAUUUAUGUUGCCCUCAUCACAGUCAUUUUUAUGAUGCUGAGAGUAGAGGAUAGAGAUCCCGCGGAAAAGUUCGACAAUUGGGUUUCAUGCUUGAUAGUAUCCUCCGGUGACAAAAACCGGUGCAUGUCAUACCUUUCAGACCUGGGUCCGGAUGAAAACCUUGUCGUGGUUACGUUCUUUCUUCUUGCUCUAGCUGGUAUCUGGGCUAUAUUGAUUGUGAUGCGCUUUGACAUGAUCGCUGGCUGGAUAGACGUGUUGAACGGUCGAGCCAGACAACAAUCUCCGUCGUCAGCCAUUGCCACUGAUCCCGAAGACCAACUUCCUCUUCACCAAGUGUCUACCAAUACCUUAUACGCCACCAGUUUCAACACAACACCCAGUUUGCCUGUUGCUGAUAUGAAGUAG